GGCCUAAUGCUGUCUUCAUGACCAACCCUCUGGACGUGGUGAGCGAAGGGGUGGUCCUGCAGCGUCUGUGCAGUGAGUCGGUGCUGUUGAUUCGUCGGGAGGAUGUGCUGCAGAGAUGGACAGCUGACGCCGCACUGUCUGCACUGACACGGGGCCAAUCUGACCCACGCUGGAGCAGUCUGGAUGUGGACGGCCAAAUUAGGCAGAUGUGCUGUGAGGAAGAGUGUGAGGAUGAAGACCAGCCCAAGAUGAGCCACAUCGUUAUCCCAGCAGCGUACCAUUCUGGCGUCACACUCUUUGCCCUGAGAGAUUCUGAUGUGGGCCAGGAGCUUCUCCACACCCCCGAUCUUCCCCUGCUGUGAGUGGACACCCAUUAUUUAUCCCGUCUGGGAACACGUCUCUGACCUGCCUGUACUGUGUCAGGAUGGCACCUGGCCCUGCUGGGACCAGGCAUGCCCCUCUCCUGACCUGCCUGUACUGUGACGGAAGUGUGUUUCUUACUGAUGUUGUUGGGAUUCUGACUCGUGAUGAAGGUGCACAGGACUUAUGACCCACAGAACUGAUCUACAUGUUGAAACCACGAACACAUAUGACUCUGUAAAUAUUCAUAAGCAGAAGCGGGCAGAGUCUUGGAUCUGUCAGAUCUGUUUCUUUCAGGAACAUUCAUUUGAAAAAAAGUUACCAACUUUGAACCAUUGAGCUUUCUGCAGUACCCAUUUUUAUUUUUUAACUAAUGGUAAAGGUGCCAGAAUCAGUUCUUAAAUGAGGUUCUGGGUGAAUUAAGGUCCAUUAAUAGCCAUACUGGACUUCAUCAGGUAAUGGUACAGGGUCCUGUAAGAGAUCAUUUUUUCAAGCCCACCUUUGGCUUUUCCUGUUUCCAUCUUCAUCAUACAAGAUGGUGAAAUGCUUCUAAUCAACAGAAAUAACAAGACAUUCUGUACCCUUUCUACGCUGAGGUUGACCAUUGAUUACCUAGUUUUCAUCUUCUGAACUGUGUGACAUUCAUUCACAGCUAAUAUUUCAGUAGGCUGAACUUUGGACCAGAAAUUUACUGUCACAAGGCUCCCGGUAUCACCUCCCUAAUAUUUUAAUACUAAAAAUGAUUUUUUUUAAAACUGC